AUGACAAUGUCAACAACAAAAGAUACAUCUCUUUGGUCAUGGAGUGAUGUUAAUGGUACCUACUAUCAGAAUAUAGUUGAUAAUUAUACACUUCAUUUAUUACCUGAUUAUAUCGUUAUUCAACCAAUGAUACGUGAUGCAAAAGAAUUUCUUGUAAUUGAUCGAACACAUGAAGAUAUACAAAUACAUCCUACUUUACCAAAUGUUGAUGGAGCUACACGAAGAUCUAUUCAUGGAAUAAUAGGAAUAAUUAAUUUAAUAUCAGGACCCUGUUUAAUUGUAAUUACAUCUAAAGUUCGUAUAGGUGAUAUAAAUGCACAAGCUAUUUAUAAAGUACAAACAACAGAUAUUAUUCCAUAUGCAAGAAAUAUGUCUCAUUUAAAUGAAUAUCAACAAAAAUAUAAUACAAAAUAUUUAUCUAUGAUUGAACUUGUUCUACGUACAGAAGCUUUCUAUUUUUCCUAUACAUAUGAUAUAACACAUACAUUUCAACGACUUCAAACAUCACCACCUGAUUUUCAUUCGACACCAUUUAUUGAACGUGCUGAUCAACGUUUCGUAUGGAAUCGUUAUUUACUUACUCAACUUACAAGUAAUCGAGCUGCUGCACGAUUUGCUUUACCACUUAUUCACGGAUUUGUUGCACUUCAUACGUUUAAUAUUAAUGGACAAUCAUUUAUUUAUGGUGUUGUUUCACGAAGAAGUACUUAUCGAGCAGGAACAAGAUUAUUUAUUCGUGGAAUUGAUGAUGAUGGGAAAGUAGCAAAUUUUGUUGAAACUGAACAAAUUCUGCAAUUGGAUAGUAUUGCUUGUUCAUAUGUACAGACACGUGGUUCAGUGCCGUGCUUUUGGGCGCAAUUACCUGAUCUUCGUUAUAAACCAAAAGUCACCGUUUUACCAUCGAAUAAUCAUAUGACUGCUUUUCGACAACAUUUUGAAGAACAAGAAUAUUAUUAUGGCAGACAAUUUCUUCUUAGUCUUACAAAUCAUCAUGGAGCAGAAGGAAAAUUAAAUGCAAAAUAUCGAGAAUUAUAUGAAACAUCUCAAAAUCCUUAUCUUAAAUUUGAAGAUUUCGAUUUUCAUAAAGAAUGUGCUGGUAUGCGUUAUGAUCGUUUAACGAUUCUUUUAGGUCGUAUUAUAGCUGAUCAAGAUGAUUAUAGUUAUUUUUCUAUGGCUAAAGAUGGUGCUUUACAAACUCAACAAACCGGUGUAUUUCGUACAAAUUGUGUUGAUUGUCUUGAUCGUACAAAUGUUGUACAAACAUUACUUGCUAAACGAAUAUUAGAACAACAAUUAAAACAUUAUAAUGUUAUUAAAUAUAAUGAAAAUAUUGAUACAUAUAAACAAUUGAGUACUUUAUUUAAAAAUAUUUGGGCAGAUAAUGCUGAUGUUAUUAGUCUUCAAUAUGCUGGAACUGGUGCUUUAAAAACAGAUUAUACAAGAACUGGUCAACGAUCAACGAUGGGUUUAGUUCGAGAUGGUUAUAAUUCAUGUAUGCGUUAUGUAUUAAAUAAUUUCUUUGAUGGUUUUAGACAAGAUGGUAUUGAUCUUUUUUUGGGUUAUUAUCGUGUAUCAUUAGAUGAAGGUCGUACACCAGAAUCAUGUCCAAUUAGUAAAGAAAUAAGUAAAAAAUUUUUGGCCUUACCUGUAACAAUGUUUCUUGCGUUUUCAAUGUGUAUUAUUAAUUUACUGAUACCGGCUUCAUCAUUUCGUGAACAAAUAACAUAUGUUUUAUUUUGGGGUGCAGCUACAAUCUCAACAUUAGCAAUUACUAUAUUUUGGGGAAAAGAAUUAGUUGAUGCACCAAGACUUUAUUCCAAAGUUAAACGUGAUUAA